UUUUUCCCUUCUUUACAUAAAUUCCUCUUUCAAUUCACACUUUUCAUUUCCAACUCUGCAUGUUCCAUUUCUUCUUCUCAUCCAUUUUCAUGGCUUCCUCUCCUCUCUAACAAUCCUAUAACUAAAUUCUUUAUUCUAUCCUUCAUCGUCGAAAAGAAACGAAACGAAUCAAUCCAGAUUCCAGAGAUGCUUCCUUUUCAGAGUCCUUACGGAUUUCAGAGCAGUUGGUUGAGUUAUCGCACCGGCGAUCAAGUUAAACGAUCAAUGUCCGUCACCGGAUGCUCGAUCGUCGACAAUGCUGCAGAUUUGUCUAAAGACGAGAAGAAAUCUACGGAAGCAAGUCGUAGUCAUAAGGAAGCCGAGAGGAGACGGCGACAGCGAAUCAAUUCGCAUUUAUCUACUCUUCGAACGCUCCUUCCUAAUACUACUAAGACGGAUAAGGCGUCGCUACUGGCGGAGGUGGUGAACCAUGUAAAAGAGUUGAGACGACGAGCGAUGGAGGUUGCACGCCGGAGUACAGACCAAUGCGGCGGCGGCGGAGGAGGCGACGGCGGGAUGGUGUCGUGGCCGUUCCCUAGUGAAGAAGACGAAGCGACGCUAUGUUACUGCGAUAACGAAAACAAGGUAAUGAGGGCGACGGUUUGUUGCGAUGAGCGGUCCGGUUUGAACGGGGAUUUGAUGCAAGCGAUCCGGUCGGUUCAUGUGAGGGUGGUUCGGGCUGAGACCUGUCUCUUAUACACAUCUAGAUGUGUAUAA